CUGUCUGCUCAGCUUCCUUUCAGCGGUAAACCGUUGCCUCGCGCACCACUAAGCGCUUUUUGUUGUGAGACGCAGAGGGUUGCGGAGUCAUGGGUAAGCUUAAGGAAUUCGAUAUUACUUUCACCAACAACAAAGUGGUCUACAGCCCUGGCGAAUCCAUAAGUGGGUCUGUGAAAAUUACAACCGGUACCUCACUGCAAUAUAAGGCCAUUAAGGUGAACUGCCUGGGAUCAUGUGGGGUCUCCAACAAAAUGAACGACAUGUCAUGGACACUGGAAGAGCAAUACUUCAGCAGCACACUGUCUGUAGCUGACAAAGGUACACUGGCAGCUGGCGAGCACAGCUUCCCUUUUCAAUUUCUCAUUCCAGUGGCUGCCCCGACCUCCUUUGAAGGGCCCUUUGGGAAGAUUGUUUACCGUGUGAGAGCCAUCAUAGACACACCUCGCUUCUCCAAGGACUACAAGGCCCAGAGGCCCUUCUACCUACUUAACCUGCUCAACCUCAACCAAGUGCCCAACAUUGAGCAACCCAGUUAUGCUGUGACCACUAAGAGGUUCAGCUACCUCCUGGUGAAGACGGGCACCCUCAUGAUGAAGGCUUGCAGUGACCAGAGGGGAUACACACCAGGCCAGAUCAUCAGACUAGCCACUGAGAUCCACAACAAGUCAGGCAAGGACACUGGCUGUGUGCUGGCCAGCCUCAUACAGAAAGUGACUUAUAAGACCAAACGGGCUGUUUUCGACCUGCGGACCAUAGCAGAGGUAGAGGGGGCGGGAGUGAAGGCGGGGAAACACGCUGAGUGGCGGGAGCAAAUCAUCGUACCGCCCCUCCCCCAGUCUGGCCUGGCCGGCUGUAGCCUUAUAGAGAUCGAUUACUUCAUCCAGGUAUCACUAAAGUCCCCCGAGACAGUUGUCACUUUACCCAUCUACAUCGGGAACAUCGCUGUCAACUUGAUCCCGUCACGACCUAUGCCCUCAACUCCAGCCCCAACAACCAUCAGCCCCAACCCCGGCCCACAAGGGGUUACCCCGAGCGCGCCCCCGGCUGAGGAGGACUUGGAGGAGGUGUUGGGAGCAGGGGGUUCAGUUAGUGAGGAGAUCCCCACAAAGAGUCACUCCCAGCAGGACCAAUCCGGCCAGCCCCCCACCAUGUCCCCCAGUGCAUUCAGCUACGCUCCCGGUGUAGAUUUCCCCCCCAGCCAGCGACGUGCCAAUGACACCUCAACGCCUCUGUUCUGUGUGUCUACUGGGGCCACCAUCCCCUUCUUCACAGAAGGAAACGCCACCCCAGUACCCACAUCCUGUCCUCUCAUACUCCCCCCUGAGUACAGCACCUGGGACUUCACACAUGAACCCCCUCCCACAUAUGAGGAGAGCUGCAGCAGUAACAACUCCAGCUUCAACAACAGCAGACCGCAGGAGUGAGGACUGAGCAUAAUGCAGCUCACAACCACAAUUACACUCCCUAAAGGACCAAUAGGAUACUGCAACCCUUUCUCCAAGUGCAUAGAACUUGCUCUCCUCCUAAAUAUUACUUUAAAAUAUAUUUUUUAAAGGGAUCAUAUCAGAUUUUGUAUUAUAGUUUAUACCCCCUUCUCCCUGGCUUAAAGGACCUGCUGUUAUAUAGAUGGAAUGAGAGUGCAAAUUCCCUGUGCAUAACAGGAGGACUUCAGAGAUAACUUAUAGAAGGUAGGAUAUUCCAUAAUUGGAGUCUAUUGGAGACUAAAUGUAGUGGGUAAUACAAAUUGUGAAUAUUCUUGCAUUGUUGACUUGAAAUUGUUGUAGGCCUGCUACUAUAUCUCCUUUUUCAUCCUUCAAACACAACCAAAAUCUGGUCUUUAUUGUAGUUUCCUUCCAAAUGUGCACACUACUGUAAUUCCGAUCCACUUCCACCGCAGUGGCUCCCUCUUUUGAUGAGUGGAGUAGGGGUGGCCUAGCUGGACAUGAGGUUCUUAGCAUGUCUACCCCCUGGUGGCCAUCAACGGAAGAGAAUGGAGCCUAUUGGAAAAGCUUCAGAUCUUCACUUAAGUUCAAUGAUGCCUGCUGACGAAGAACAUACUCCAUCAACCUGUGAUCUACUGACAAAGAGCUUCUGGAAUGUGCAUCGUAUCUUGUCACACCUCGUCAUCCUGAAACCGACAAGCUGGGCGUUGUACUCUUGGGUAUGCAGGGGAACUGACGUAGCAAGGGUUGAUAUGCAUUUAUGACAUCUGAUGCAAACACCAACUUUUAUUUCACCUUCUUUACCCUGAAUUAAUGGAGAUGAUCUGUUGAUUGUCCCCAUGUGGCCUUAACUCAGUCUGUUCUAACUACAUUACUAUGUGCUGAUGAAGACAGUUGUCUUCAGGGUUGCUGUUGCUUUUGAAAUGGCAGUCCAUGCUGAUCCAAUGUGUUGGUGUGACAACCAACAGUGUUAAAUGUUCAAGCACAAGACAGCACUUUUUGACACUUUGAAAACUGUGCAUGUAUCUGUUUUUGUGUGUGAAUGGGUAUAUAGUGUACCAGUUUGUGUGUGUGAAUGAGUAUAUAGUGUACCAGUUUGUGUGUGAACGGGUAUAUAGUCUACCAGUUUGUGUGUGAAUGGGUAUAUAGUGUACCAGUUUCUGUGUGAAUGUGUAUAAAGUGUACCAGUUUGUGUGUGGCUGAUCGCCCCUCCUGUCUAGUUGAUAGCAUUGGACAUCUCAAUUUGAAAGCCAAACAUCAGGCAACAUCAUCCACUCUGUUUGUAUGAGUGUUUGUUUUGUAUGUCUGUCUUAUUUCUGCCCCUCAAUUACAGCAUCCUUUUUUAUUUAUAAGCCAACCUCAUUGUGGCUUAUGUAUUCACAGAGUUGUAUGAAACCUUUAGCACCUGCUGUGGGAAUACAUGCACCGCCAUCCCUCCUCAAAAAGGUAGCCUAUAUAGUACAGUCACAGCCUUUAAUACCAGAAAAUAGAUUGCAGAUGGUAUUGGGAAUUGAUCUGUGGUUCAGACCACCGCUCUAUACUCAUUUUGUAUUUGUAUUUUACCAUUAUUUAACUAGGCAAGUCAGAUAAGAACAAAUUCUUAUUUUAAAUAAGGUAUCAGCUCUGAAAGAACCAUAGAAAUGACACCUGUAUUUGCCAUGUGCUAUUCCGUUAUCUCCAAGAUUGCUACGGCAGCUUGGUUCUCGACUCAUUUCAGGCUGCCUUUAUCAAUCCUGCCCCAUUGUUUGUAUUUCUCUUCACGAAAGUACUAUAGCUUUAUAAACUCUGACAUGUUUUUCAUUGUCCAUUCUUUUCCCCUCACAAAUGGGUCUGUGGUUUUGUAUUUUUCUAUUUGUAAACAGUUUUCUGGUGCAUAUGGUAGCCAUUUGAGAGAGAGAAAAUAUUCUGGAAAAUAGUAGCAUCCUGGUUAAUCAAUGUAAUAUUUCAACUUGUCCAAAUUGUACAGUGUACCAAUAAAAUUAUCUGUCAUAUCA